AUGAUGAAUUUUACAACAAUGUUGUGCAAACGUUUGAGUGUGAAGGAACUGGUCGCCAAUGUCCCUGUAUAUAAAAGCAUUACUGACGGAUCUUCUGGAGGAUUGAGCUUGAUGUUUAGACGUUGGGCUACUAAAAAAUCAGCUGGAUACACAAAGAAUGGACGGGACUCAAAACCUAAGAAUCUAGGGGUCAAGAAAUUUGGCGGGGAGAGGGUUAUACCUGGAAAUAUCAUAGUUAGGCAGCGAGGCACUCGUUUUCAUCCUGGAAACUAUGUUGGGAUAGGGAAAGAUCACACUCUUUUUGCCCUGAAGGAAGGAAAUGUGAAGUUUGAAACAAACAAGCUUACUGGCCGCAAAUGGGUGCACGUAGAACCUAAGUAUGGGUAUGAGCUUCAUCCUCUUUAUACAAAAGCAAGUGCUGGUUCAACACAGCCAACAACAGCCUCAUGA